CUCUCAGCGGCGGUCGUACAACCUCAACCAGCGGUCGUAGAAACAAGAAGAACAAAAAGAGUGGAGGAGUAGGCGGUAGUGGACGAGCAGAAGUAUCUCAGCCUCCUCCACCAGCUGCCCGCAGCUUCGGGGCCCCCUCAGGUGCGUCCUCCUCCAGCAACUUGAGCCCCCGCCGCCCGCACAGAGCGGCGGGUUCCUCUGCGAAUCACCACCAGCCCGGCGAAGUUUGGACGCGCACCGGACGAAUUUUCAUUUCUUCGAACGACCAGGCGGCUGCAGCGAGUACGUCUCGCGCAAUGGACCAGCAAUUUUUCCGCGAGCAGGUGCGCGACGCCAAGCACCACGUGGGUCCCGUCGAAGAGGCGCGGCUUGGCCAGGAGACAGCACGAGAGCG